UCAAAAGUGGAUACUCAACAGCGGAGAAAGAGAAAUAGUGUAUAUCAGAUCAGAUCACUGUCAGUUUACAAACAUAAUCACAAACUAAAAGAAGAAAUAAGAUACAGCAGAUGGAGGAAAAUAAGAUAUGGCCUGGUUCGCCGUGACUUCACUGAUGCGAACGGUAGAGCUUCAGUUCUUACCACCCAACCCACAUGUCGUUCUUGACGACACAAACGCAGCGGAAGCACUCCAUGGAAGGCUACGUGAGUUGGUUGAGUUUCUUGAGAAAUCUGAGAAUCAAUUCAACGCUGAUGAAGACGUGCCGAUGCAAGACUGGAAAGCAAGGCUUAAAGAUGUUGCCCUGAGAAUAGAAGAUGAAAUUGAAUCCAAAGUAAUUGAGAGUUGUAGCCAAAGGCAGAGUACGAGUACUCUUGCUAAAAGCUCUCAUUACAUCUUGGGAAAUGCAAUUGAAGAGUUGACAAAUUCCGUGAGGGAAGAAUAUUCGCAAAUGAGAGGUAUUCUUUCAUCGAGGGAAAGGAUUGAAAGUAGUAGUAGUAGUUCCUCCCUUCACACAGCCUUAGAGCUUCAGAGCACAAUGGUAGGGCGCACUGCUGAGUUGGAACGUAUCAAACGGUUACUCCUUGAUGACAAAUCUCAAGAAAGACUGGUUAUACCAAUCGUUGGCAUGGCGGGAAUAGGUAAGACAACUUUUGCUCCAAGCUUGUACCAAGAUCCAUUAGUUAUAUCUCAUUUUGAUGUUCUUGCCUGGGCAACUAUGUCUACAUCUGCAACAUAUGACGGACGUAGAAUGCUUCGUGAGCUUUUGUUGUGUAUUGAGCCAAAACAGAAAGAAUUCAUCCAUCAAGUCAACGACGACCUACCUAACCUAGUACGCCAACAGUUACUUGGUCAGAGGUAUCUGAUUGUUCUAGAUGCCAUAUGGAAUAGUAACCAUUGGGAGGACAUUCAAGGGUCAUUUCCAGAAGAUUGUAAUGGGAGUAGAAUAUUGUUGACCAGUCGACAUGAUGGAGUGGCAAGAUCGUAUACUUAUUGUUCUCUAAACUUGCCUUUUUUAAAUUCAGAAGAAAGUUGGGAUUUAUUUCUCCAAAAGAUUCACCCUGUAAGAUUGCGCUCAGAAGUCGAGGCAAUAUGGAUACACAUUCUCAAUUAUUUCAAGGGAUUGCCUUUUGCAAUUGUUAUAGUUGCUGGACUUGCACGAGCAAUCAAUGAGUCACUAUGGGUUUCCAAGGAGAUCGAAUUCCUGAGUUUAGUUUUGAUUGACAAAACUAGCUUAGAUGGCAAGAUUAAGACAUGUAAGGUGCAUGACAUAGUACAUGACUUCUGUAAGAGGAAAGCAAUGGAGGAGGACCUCUUACAUGUUGUAGAUGGACAUUUUGGUAACUUACAUAUUUAUCGUCGUUGGCCAAUUGGAAAUGUGGAAGUCGAAAGAGAGUUUAAUCUACAAACUCUUGUGCUUCUUACAAAAGAAGAAAGAUUUGUGGAGUAUUAUCCAACAAAGGCACAUCAAAUUUGGAGGAUGCCAAUGUUGAGGCAUCUACAAUUUAGCAGGGUGUUUAUGUUCGAUAUUCCGAGUGUUGUUCAAGAGUACUUGCAGACAAUUUAUUGGCUACGCCCUUCCCAAUGCAAAAAGCAAGUAUUUUUGAGAAUUCCAAAUGCGAAAGUGAUGGGAAUUUUCAUACCGAGGUGGGUGGAGAAAUUUGAUUCUUGGACUAAAAAUUGGUUGAAUGAUCUUAUAAAUUUACAGAAGCUUGAGAAACUAAAAAUUAAUAGCCAUCAUGAUGAUCCUAUUAUACUUCCACAUGCAAGUGCUUUUCCAGUACAACUCAGAAUGUUGACAUUGAAGGGAACUUUGCUGCCAUGGGAUGCUAUGGAAGUUAUUGGUAUGUUGCCAAAUCUUGAGGUUCUAAAACUCAAGUUUGGAGCUUGUAAAGGACAACAUUGGGAACAUACUGGAGAUUGGUUUCCUAAAUUAAAAGUACUGCUCAUUCAAGAAAUGGAGUUGAUGCAGUGGACAGCUACUGAGGAUGCUUUCCCUAUCUUAGAGCGCCUCAUCAUUAAACAUUGUAUUCAUUUGGAGAAGAUCCCUUCCACUUUUGUUGAACUAUACAGUUUGCAAUUAAUUGAGUUGCACGGUUGUCAUUCUUUGCUUGUUCAUUCUACCAAAGAAAUUCAACAACAACAGGAGGAGUUAUUUGGAUAUAAUUGGCUUGUUGUUCAUGACUACAAUUAUUUCAUCUUCUCUCCUCAACUUUACUCUUUGUAUCAUGGUAUCAGAGCACUACGGCUGAGCUUCGACGAAAUGAACAAGUUCAGCUCCUAUGCCGCCGUCGUCACCAGUGAACCAGAACAGGAGGCGCCUCUAGGAUCGGCGUCAAUUGCACACUCACCGGUGCUUGCAACAUCCGUCACGACUCCACAGAGGAUUCAAACUCCGUAG